GGUAAACAAACCACAUGCGGUGUUGAGGCAGUCGGACUGGGACGAACGGAGUCAAUUUGCCGAUAUUUCUGCGGAGAUUUACAUAAUGGAUUACAUAUAAGCAAUAGAGGAAAUCAGAAAAAAGGAGCUAGGAGAAUAGCAAGAGUAAAACCAGUGAUAUCAAGAAAUUGAUGCUGAUAGUUGUAAGAUUGAGGACAUUUGGUUCAUUGUUAAAUAAAUUCUUACAAUACGAGAGGAUAACAGUCAGUGUGAGGAUGGCUUCCAGUGAAAAAGGAAGUGAAGAAACAGGUGGCAGCAACGGAGGAAAUGAUGAGAUGGGAUUUGUGAUAGAUAAGCGUCCUUUUACCCAUGUCCAAGAAGGAAAAGCAGAAGUACUUUUUCCAAGCUCUCAUGAUGUUUUUUACAAUCCUGUGCAAGAAUUUAACAGAGACUUAAGUGUUGCAGUGUUGAGAGUCUUUGCGGCAGAAUAUAAAGAGAAAGAGAAGCAGAAAAAGAAGAAAGCAGAAUUAAAGGAGAAAGCAAGGUUGUUAAAACUCUCAAAGGAUGAAGAGGAUGCUAAAAAGGAGACUGAAGGAACACAAGAAUCUAACAAGGAAGUGAACACAGAGGAAGUCCCUCCAGCAGAGAAAAAAUUUACUAUAUUAGAACCGGGGAAGAAAGACCCAGAAGGCAUAAGGAUCUUGGAGGCUCUUGCAGCUUCGGGUCUUCGGUCAAUACGCUAUGCACAUGAAGUUGGUGGUGUGGUGGAGAUUGUGGCUAAUGAUUUCUCAAAGCAAGCAGUGGAGUGCAUAGAACGUAACAUCACCCACAAUAAGGUGGAAGACAUCGUUACGUCUAGUUACAGUGAUGCCUCUAUGGCGAUGUACAAGAGUUACGAGCAAGGAAAAAGAUUUCACGCCAUUGAUCUUGACCCAUAUGGCUCUCCACACAUAUUUCUGGAUAGCGCCGUGAAGAGUGUGGCAGAUGGAGGUAUUCUCCUGGUUACCUGCACAGACAUGGCUGUACUGUGUGGUAAUUCACCAGAAACCUGUUACACAAAAUAUGGAGCUUUGUCUAUCAAAAGCAAAGCUUGUCAUGAAAUAGCCUUAAGAAUUGUGCUGCAGUGCAUUGAGUCCCAUGCCAACCGUUAUGGCAGACACAUUGUGCCAUUGUUAUCUAUGAGUGCAGACUUCUAUGUAAGAGUUGUUGUUCAAGUAUUUACAAGUCAAUUUAAGUGCAAGGAAAGUUUUUCAAAGGUUUCUUGGCUUUACCAGUGUGUAGGAUGUGAAACAACUACCCUGCAACCUUUGGGACGUGUUGUAGUUAAUGGGAAAAGUGUGAAGUACCAGUUGUCACCAGGUCCUGCAGUCAGUCAAUCUUGUAACCAUUGUGGCCACAGACACUCAGUUGCAGGCCCUAUCUGGAAUGCACCUAUACAUGACAAAGAUUUCAUUCAUAAAUUGAAAGAGUCCCUUGUUGAGGAUGAAUUCACAACAUUCCGCCGUAUAUAUGGUACUUUGACUAUGAUGGAGGAAGAAUUGACAAAUGUGCCUCUGUAUUAUGUUGUAGAUAAGUUGGCUACAGUGGCUGGUAUUAACCUGUGUAAAAUGGUACAGUUUAGAUCAGCUAUCCUGAAUGCAGGAUACAAGGUUUCUAUGUCACAUGCAUGCAAAAAUUCUAUCAAGACUGAUGCUCCUGCACAGAUUAUAUGGGACAUAGUUAGGGCCUGGGAGAAAUCAAAUCCUGCCAACAAGGAGAAGAUGGCUCCAGAUCGGCCUGGAAGAAGAAUUCUGGAGAAGAAUUCUGAAACAGAAAUCAACUUUGAAAUACACCCCGACAGCAAUCCUCAGUCCAGAAAGCAGGAGCUGCUUAGAUUUCAAGUGAAACCAGAGAAGAACUGGGGGCCAAAGUCUAGAGCAAAGACUAGUUUGUUUCAUGGAAAUCAAGACGAUAAAAGAUCACGCAACCAGGGGAAGAAAAGGAGAAUUCAAGCAAAUGUCGAGCAGUUGCCAUCAAAACUGCCAAAAGAAAAUGACUCAAAUGAAGGAAAAGAAACCAGAAAUUGAAACUGACACCUUGUGUUCAACUCUCUUUUGUUUUCAUUGAUUUACUUUUUUUUUUAUGAAUACACCGGUCUGCUACUUGCACUCUCACAAUGACACACACACACACACACACACACACACACCACACACCACACACACACACACACACACACACACACACACACA